AUGACAACUCCAGAAAAUGGUCAUAUUUCGGGAGUUCCUUUGAAACAAAAUCAAGACCUUGCGAAUGUGUUAAAUGCCUUCGAUGACAUCGUUCAAACGGCGGGUAGUGGAGCGAUCUUAGGUACUGACUGGCAAUCCGUAAAGCGAAAAGAAAUACGUAGAGGUCGAAUAAAUAAUAUUAAAACUACUGAACCCAAGGUUGUUCAGGAAACCACUCGAACUUACCGGGAUCAUAUAGCUGGAAAUUAUGAAAAAGAUAAUAGGGAAAUAGGUCGAAAGAAUGAUGAUCCAUGGGAUAAAGGAAAGGAAGAUGGUAUACGGGAUAAAUAUAGAACAAAUGAUGAAAAUAAACCAAAAAAUUGUAAUAUAACGUCCAAUAAUAAUAAUAAUGUUUCGGAUAAUUCUAACAUGGAUAAUAAAGGUUAUACUGAUUUAAAUUCAAAUACAGAUAUUAAUAGUUGUUUAUCUACAAAUUCUCAGCAAGAUGUGAAGGAUAAUGUUGAUAAUGUUACUUUGAAAAUAAGUGCAUGGCGUUCUUUCGCUGAUCCUAAUGUAAAAUUACGAGAUGAUGGUAUCGGUACGGGUCAAUUACAUCGUGCAGGAAGAAAUUACAUUCCUGUUACUGAAGAAGAUAUGCAAUCACAACAAUCGCAAGAAGUAGGGCGAGAUUAUUAUAAUGUUCAAUCUCAACAAUCUAAUCCUCAAGAUAAAUGGAAUACAACUCCAGCAAACGUUUCUUCCUGGGAAUCAUCUCAAAGGUCGCAAAGUACUACACCAAAACCUUUCGUAAAUGAAGGAAACAUAACUCAAUCUUAUCGCCAUCCAUCUCCUUCUCGCUCACCAAGACCAACAAAACCACAAGAUUAUCUACCUUUCAUUCCACCAGAAUUCGAUUCUACUCCAUAUCGAAAACAACCAUCUCCUUCACCUGCACGCAGUCCUUCAAUUGGACAUAAUGAAUAUGAUCGCGAUAGUAAUGGUGGUGGUGAAGAUUAUGGUGAUCAAAGUAGUGAGGACACUGAAUAUUAUGAAGGAGACAGUGAUUAUGAACACGAUGAGGAAUUUGAUUUGGAUGUAGAAUAUGAUGACACACUGAAGACUUCAAAUCAAAGUGAUUGUGGUGAAUUACUUCUCACUAUCAAUGUAGAACUUCAGGAAGGUGAGACACAAACUAUCAAUGUACACGUGAAUGAUGAUCCUGCAGAUUUGGCGCGAGAAUUUUGUGAAAAAUGGGAGGUUACUAAUGAAGUCGUGGAACCUGCGCUUGUGGCUCUAAUUAAAGAAGAGAAAGAGAAGCGAUUAAGUAUAUUGCUUGAUAAAGAUUAA